ACCCCCGGGAGCUCGGGGCCCCAAGGCUGCGGCUCCGGCGUCCCCAGCCUCCCCGGCCGUCCGCGCUCCUCCCUCUCGGCGCGCCGGGCGCGAAGCCUGCAACGCGCGAGCAGAGCGAAGCGCGCCGAGCCGAGUGGCGCACGCUGGGCAGCGGCACAGGCAGCCGCGAUCGCAGCCAGAGCCCUCGCUCGAGCCCGCCAGCCCGCGGACGCCCGGACCAUGGCUGCCGAGGGACCCGGCCCCCGCGCCCGGCUCUGGACGGCGGCCCUCUUCUUGCUCGUUCUGCCGCGCCUCUCCGUGCGGGCGGAUGGGAAGCUCUUUUUGCUGGAGUCUCAGAAUGGCUCUCGGGGGCUGGAACUGGAGGAGGCUCGGCUUUCCUGCAGGAGCAGGGGUGCCCACCUGGCGUCUGCGGAGGAGCUGCAGAGGGUGGUCCAGGACUGCACCUUCACCCUGUGCACCACGGGCUGGCUGGCGGACGGCACCCUGGGGACAACCGUGUGUAGCAAGGGGAGUGGUGAACAGCAAAUCAUGAGAGCUGUCGAUGUGAGAAUUGAGAGCAACCCGGCUCCUGGUGGCACCUACAGUGCCCUUUGUAUGAAGGAUGAAGAGAAGCCGUGCGGAGACCCGCCUUCGUUCCCACACACCAUCCUGCAGGGACGCACCGGCUUGGAGAUGGGGGAUGAGCUGCUGUACGUGUGCGCCCCGGGCCACGUCACGGGCCACCGCGAAAGCGCCUUCACCUUGCUGUGUAACAGCUGUGGGGAGUGGUACGGCCUGGUGCAGGCCUGUGGGAGAGAUGAGGCAGAGGCCCAUAUUGACUAUGAAGAUAAUUUCCCCGACGACAGAUCCGUGUCAUUCAAAGAGCUCACGGAGGACUCCCGGACAGAGGCAGAGGGGGCCAGGGGUCCAGGAGAGGCCUCUGAGCAGGUUCCAGAACAGGACCGUCUGGUCUCUGUUUCUGCAGGCAGAGAAAAUGUAGCCCGGGACACAACCGGGGUGCCAACCACAGGCCCGCCCGGCACCAGCCCCGGGAGCAGCGCCCCCACGGGCCUGCCAGGACCCAUACUGAAGGGGAAGUACUUGUUCUGGCUUCCUGCUGAGACCUUUCACAAGCUUGAGCUGGAAAAGGAAGUGGAGGAUGACACCAAGAAGCAGUUCCUUGCUGGGGACAACCACAGCAUCAUGACGCUGGCCCCAGGUGAACCCGAAACCAAGGUGACUUCUAGCAGCACGGAUGGUUCCUCGGGGCCAUCUGUGGUCAGGAAUGACAGCAGGGCGGGGGACCCAAUGGUGAGCAGCAGCGAUGAGUCCUGGUUGGACGGCUACCCUGUGACCGAUGGGGCUUGGAGGAAGAUGGAGGAAGACGAGGAGGAAGCGGAAGAAGAUGGCGACAAGGGGGAUGGAUCCGUAGGGCAGGAAGAAUGCGCUGUAUUUACCCCCCAUCAGCCCUUUCUUGUGGAAGUUAAGAAGCGCAGCAGCACCACCCUCACACCAAGCGAGGACGUGACCCGUAGUUCAGUUCUUCCAUCUCAAACGCUAGAUGUAGAGGCUUUUGCUCUCAGACCCAAGAGUGUGUCUGAAACCGAGGGACCCACCGAGGGGGAUGGUGGCUUACCCAGGUACCAGCAGUCAACUGUUCCCUGGAGAUUCGCCACAGAGAGGUCUCCCGUGGCCACCCUGUCCUACGAACUCGCCAGCUCUACCCUGGAGACAGAAACAAGUGCUGUCCCAAAGACCCCUCCCCACAUUCCCUCAACUGUCACGGUGGCCACCCAGACGCCCGGCGAAACCAGCGCUCCCGAGGUCCAGGAUAACUUCCCAUACCUGCUGUCUGAAGACUUCUUGGGACAGGAAGGCCCCGGCCCAGGUGCAAGUGAGGAGCUUCUUCCCACCUUGGAGCCCUGUGUGGGAGACGAGUGUCCUGGCCUCAGCAGAGGCCCCAUCGUGGCCACCACUGUCACCGUCCUGUGCCUGCUGCUGCUCUUGGCAGGCGUGGGGGCCGUGUGGGGCUACCGCAGGUGCCAGCACAAGAGCUCCGUGUACAAGCUGAACGUGGGCCAGCGGCAGGCGCGGCACUACCACCAGCAGAUUGAGAUGGAGAAGGUCUAGCCACCUCCAGAGCGGGCACUCCCAAAGCCACUUGGUAGGGAUACGUACAGUGACACGUCACACUGAUCAGCACUGACACUUCCCUAGAGCAUGAGACAGGAGGCGUUGGGCUUGUCUUUCUUCCUCGGGUCUUUGUUCUGCAGGCCGAGCAGGAUCUCUGGAGGCGCCUGGCAGGGAGGUCUGGAUGGCGUCGUCACGCCCGUCCACAGCUCCUCAACCACCCGCCCUGGAACGAACUGCACUCGUCCACGGCCUGGGCCUGGGCCCUCAUUCCACCACGAGGUCCAAGCUCACCUCCUGCUUCAACACACUAUUGUCUUCUUUUCUCUUGUUAAGCAAUAAGAUGAGUGACUCCGUGACCUGACAUUUUUGAAACAGGUGUGAUAACCGGAGCAUUUGAGAGCAGUGUUAUUUAGGAGAAGUGACAUAUAUUUAAAGGUUGGGAGUGGGAUAUAGAAGAAUAAUCGGUUAUUUCCUUUUAAUGUGACGUUGCUGAGGGCAGAUGAGCUAAGCACCAGGACAUAGUCUAGAAGCUCUGAGACUUCUUUUUAAUUGUUUGUUGAAAUUGGAGAGAAUUUAAGACUGACAUU